CUUGACUGCAAACUGACGGGGGUGGCGCCGCCAUGACCAGCCACAGAGGCAGUCGCGUGAAGCUACAUACGAUGCGGGACGUUCCACCGUCAUCGUCGCGGCGUCUCCUUGGUUCGAACCAAAGACUUGUGACAACCCAACCCAACAUUCCACAGCUAAGUUCAGAUGCCCAAAUGUUGAUGAAGGUACUGGGAAAGCGACCAGACAUGCGCACCGUGGAAGAAAUCGACAUGAUGUUUGAAUGGGUGCUCAAAAAUGGCAGCACCAACAAGCUGUUUUCGGGGAUCCAAGAUGUGAUUUGCAAAACGAUUUGCCGCGAAAUGACAUUGUACACGGCGCCCCCCAACAGUGUGAUCUGCUAUCAGGGCGAUUUUGGAGACGUGUUUUACAUCAUCAUCUCGGGCCAAGUGGGUCUGUAUGUCGAGGAGCACGACAAGAAGCAGUCCAAGCCGUUCGAAGACGACUUAAAGCAGCUCAUGCAAAGUGCCCUUCUCGACGACAUGUCAUCCUCCCACGCGACGACCAGCGACCGCCACUUUGUGGGCCACAACCCCCACCUACCGAAACAAUUCGGCAAGUUCAUUCGAUUCAUCGGGUCCGGGGGCACGUUUGGCGAGCUCGCCGUGAUGGAACCCACUGCACAGCGCACAUGCACGGUCGUGUCGACGACGCUCACGUCGUUCAUUUGCCUCAAGCGCGCCGCGUACCAGCGUCUUGUCCGCGCCAGCAACGGUGAUACGGUCGGGUUCACCCAGUACGAGUUUCUCGAAGAUUUGUUCUACUUUGACUCGUGGAGUCAUGGGGACGUUCAGCGUUUUUCCAACAAACUGCGCCAAGUGACCGUCGCCGCCGAUAGCUUCCUACUGCGCCAUGGCAACGAAGCGAACGUCAUGUACUUUAUCUACUCGGGUAUUGUGCAAGAAUCGAUGCCGAUGGUGUGCCUCAUGGACGAACAUGGCGUCGCAAUCAAGUAUACGCCCGUGGACGAAAAGAGCAAAAAGGCGGGCAAGGAAAGGGCGUCCAACAACGGAGCCCCCAGUACUUUGAUUAUUCAACAGCAGCAGUCGCCGCAUUCAGACGCGACGACCACCCCCGACCACGUCGUGCAGGGGGUUCCCCUCAGCGAACUCAAACGCAAACGCGUCAGUGUCGAAAUUGCCUUGUAUGAAGAACACGACAUUUGCGGGGAGCAUGCGUUGGUGUACAACCAAACCCACAGCAAAGUGGACCUCCGAGCAGUUACCGAUGUGAAAGCGUUGGUGAUGGACCGCUCGACGUGGCUCGAUGUCUUUUUGGUCGAUCGGCUCGAAUCGGUCGUGGCGGCGCUCGCGCUGUUCAAACAAGUCGCGCAAGCUCGAGAUCACUGGCGCGACACGCGGUUGGCCAUUGCAGUGUCGCACCCGCGGCUGCUCUUCACCAUAUCCACACGAGCCAUGAUGAGGCAUGCGCAUGUGUUGUGUGGGUGGUGCGGCAGCGGGGACCACAACACUGCCGACUCUCGAUGUUCCAAGGUCAUUGCUGCCAAGGAAAAGGCUGACAUCCGCAAGAAGCGCAAAGGCUUAUCCGACAAGCAAAAGUCCGAACAGCUCGCGCUCGAGCGGCGCCGGGUGCUCCACGCCAAGUCGACACUCAAGCCAGAACACGUGACCAACCCCCCGUCGUUGAAGAUGCGCUUCCGCGUCGCUGCCACGGCCAUUGUGUCAAGCGUGCAGAUUCACAAUGCAACCCUCAGACUGUUAACACCGCGGGAGCAAAUCCUCAAAGAUUGGCAAGUCGCAGCAAACAACCAGACUCGAAUCUGCGAAUCGCAUGGGUUCGUAACCACCCCCAAGCUACAAGUGCCCGACGACGUGCGGAAAAAGGGAGAGGCGCGCCCCCCCACCCAUCCUUCUUCAACCCCCCCCCCACGCCCAAGAGCCCUACGACCAUCGUACUUACCUGAAGAUGACAAUGAUAUCGGCCUCGACGACGUCCACCACGGCAUGGGCGCCAUCGCCCCCAUUCCCCUGAGCAUGCAAAACAACCUGUCCAAGGACAACAUGACGGCACAGUUCCGAUUCAACCUCGUGCAACAGCUCAAGAAAGUGCAAAGUGUCGAGGGGUACCACGCGACGCGGGCCCAAGUGCUGGACGAACUGUCAACGCCCCCGACGAAUGAAAGUCCUCGUCCGAGGCGGCCCAAAGUGCCCAGGAACCGACAACGUCGCAGGGGCCCGCAGUCCACCCGCGUGUUCCGUCGUGUGGACCGCAUGCUCAAGAAGCUGUGGCCGGCUGAGCAUCGUCUGCCGCAGGUCGAGGACAGUUUGAAGGACAUUACGAUCCGGCACGAGGAUUGAAAUGAAUGGCCUGUGUAUGUAUAUAUAUGUAUGGGUUCUCCUAUCGUCCUUGCUUGGCUUUGGAUGCCAAUGCAAUGCCCAUCAGCUCUUCCAGCAGCGGCUGCAGCUCGUGCAGAGGCAACAUGGUCGUG